UCAGUCACCCUCAUCUCGCAGCCCCUACACCGCGUCGCGCCGGCUGAGUCGUGUCCUUCUCUGGUUUUAAGGUGCCUCCCCCCUGCUCUCUAUCAUUCCUCUUCAGAGCCCCGUUGUCGCUUCUCUCCGGAUCACAGCUUCUCUGCCCCCUGUUGCGUGGUGGGUUGGGCUGUUACGUGACCACUCUUUUAAGAGUCUGCAUCUGUGCGUGCUUGCGUAUGUAUCUAUAAGUUGUAGCGGAGCCUUCAAGUAGACUAGCAAUUCUCUCUUCUUGGUCGGAUCGGGCCUUGCGUGUGUGUUUUUUUUGGUGUUUCGUUGCAGGUUGCCAAAAAAGUUGGGUUAAAGCCCACAGAGUUUUUCUUCUGUCUAAUCCUGUGGAGCCUUCGUGCUCCUCGUUAGGAAAGAUACAUAUCUGAAAAACUCGUGAAGAUGGCCACCGAGCGUGUCACACAGGAGACAACCUCCCAGACCCCCGAGGGGCCUGUGAUGUGUAAGAACGUGUGCGGUUUCUUUGGCAGCCAAGCCACUAUGGGUCUCUGCUCGAAGUGUUACAGGGAGACCGUCAUGCAAGCGAAGAUGACCGCCGUGGCCGAGCAGGCCACUCAAGCCGCUCAGGUGCUGCCAUCCGCUGCAUCCAGUGCUCAGCCUCCAGUUCUUAUGGAAGAGGACAAGAGCUCAUUUGAGGCCGACAGCAUGUUGAUACAACCGCCUCAAUCUUCCAGCCACCAUCCAGUUGAGGUUGCUCCGGUUACAGUAGCCCCCCAGGUUGUAGUUGCCCCCGUUGCCACACCCUCCAGACCGGCACCAAACCGGUGCGGAUCUUGCAGGAAGCGCGUGGGAUUGACAGGAUUUCAGUGUCGUUGUGGGCACCUUUUUUGUGCUUUACAUCGGUAUUCUGACAAACAUAGUUGCACUUAUGAUUACAAGGCUGCUGGACAGGAGGCUAUUGCAAAGGCUAAUCCUUUAGUUGUGGCCGAGAAGGUUGUUAAGUUCUGAAGAGGGACUGCUCGACCUUUUUGAUGUCGACGUAGGCUUCAGGCAUGGAAUAGUUCUUAACUUUCUUUAUUGAGAGGUGAGGUUUACAAGGAGAUGGAGGGGAAAUCUGCGCGCUGGCAAGGAGAGUUUAUUUCGCUUCGUACUUUGGCGCCAUCUCGUUUCAUGUGUACAGAUGUAGGGUAGGAUAGGGCCAUAUGAAAACCAAUUGAUAAUCCUCUUUCUAUAUAGGAUGUUCACCACAAAGCUAG